UGGAAACUGUCAAAAGUUGUUCAUAUUAUUAAGUUGUGUAAAGUAUUAAGUUGUGACUGUGCAUACACUUUUGAACAAGAAAAUGGCAUUUAAUGUGAUAAAAAUAAAAAAAUCAGUUCACAGCGGAUAGUGGAACAGAAACUUGUGAGAAACAGGGGGCCAGUACGCUGCGUCAGCCCCCCCCUUGGAUCCACUUGCGAAGAGUACUGAUGAGAUUUCCACACGAAAAAGGAUGACAUCCACCACAGGUCAGCUGCAGCGAAAGGGCAGUGCGGACAAGACAAUCCCGCACACCCGCCUCGAGGACGAGACCAUGAUCUGGGAGAUGUACGAGAACGUCAGAAAACUGGGUCAGGGCUCGUUUGGAAAGGUCUAUCAGGUGCGCCACAAGUCCACCAACGUCAUGUGGGCCAUGAAGUUUGUCAAUAAGGACAAGGCUGGAGGGUCAGGAAUCAAACUGUUGGAGAGGGAGGUGGCCAUCUUGAAGCGGGUGUCACACCCCAACAUCAUACAGCUCAACGAAGUCUUUGAAACAUCAAAGAGAAUGUGCCUUGUAAUGGAACUGUGUACAGAGGGCGAGCUGGCCGAUACGCUCAAGGAACGAAAAUUCUUCGUGGAGAGCCAAGUUAGACUCAUCACUAAAGAACUAGCAAGUGCAAUAGCCUACCUGCAUAAAAACGAUAUAGUGCACCGGGAUCUUAAAUUAGAAAAUAUUCUUGUCAGUAAAUCUGCUUCACCAUCAAAUCCAGAAGACAGCCUACAAAUCAAGGUUACAGAUUUUGGAUUGUCUAUUACGAAGUCAGGAGUGGGUCAUGAUAAUAUGAUGCAGGACUUCUGCGGAACUCCAAACUACAUGGCACCUGAGAUUAUCGAUAACAAGAUGUACAGUCAGCAGUGUGAUGUGUGGGCCCUUGGGGUUAUAGUUUAUACAUUAUUCUGUGGUGUUCCACCGUUCAGGUCUAAAGACGAGGAGAACCUAUAUGAGCUUAUCAAGAAGGGAGAUUUGGACUUCACGUCUAGUGACGUGUGGGAGGAGGUCUCUGACGAAGCCAAAGACUGUAUACGAGGUAUGCUGAUCGUAGAUCCAGCCCAUCGAUUUACAGCGGGAGAAAUACUUAGCCAUCACUGGAUUACGGGUGACAGCGAAAGUAAGUCAACCAAUGUCUUGAAACUGAUGAGGGAAUGGAAGGACGACAUAAAACAAGAGAGAGAUGUGGCUGACAACGACAACAGUGCAAUAAACGGGGUCAUCUCAGGACCGUCCGAGGAGGGACAUAACGAGGCCAAUAACAACGAGGCAGACCACUCCACAGAGAGGACGGGGUCAGGGGGAACCAAGAAACCUGGCUCAGAAGGAAAGAGCUCAAACAGAGGUUCAGUUGGUCGGUCGUCAACAGGAAGCAUUCCAAAGACAACAGGGAACUCCCUGAAGAUUCCGAGUACAACCCCGCGGGCCAACAAUACCCGGUCACCCAUGCAAAGCAAGGUGACCUCCAGUGGGGCCAGUCAACCCCGGGCUACCCCCCAACCCCUUAGGAACACUGCAGGCACACCCAUGGGCUUACGGGCCACAGCCACUCCCACACCUAACAAACUAAACACACAGUCUAGACCCACUACAAAAGGAAAUCCUUCGAAAAAAUAAUGCAAAACAGAGAGAUAUCAUCUUGAAAACUAAAGUGAACAUCAUUUCAGGUUUGCUGAAUGUGAUCAAACUGCUGUUAUUAAAGUGUAUUUAAAAAAAAAAUGAUCAAAGAAAAAGGUUUUGCUGCCUAUAAGUGUUUUAUAGCCUCAAGAGCUGAUGACUGGUUGCUAGUGAUAAAACUGAAACAUUCUGCUUCAUAAACUAAGUUGAUAUACAACUGGCGACCAAUAUUCAGCUGUCUAAUGCAAGGUUCACGUAAUAAUGGGUAUUUUUCGACAUCAUUACUUUGACAUGCUGCAUUUGACUGACAGAUAGAACUGUGACCCAUCUACGAAGUUUUCACGAAAACAGGACUCGAGUGAAAUAAUAAGUUAAAGUGUUUUAUAUGUUUGAAGCUUCAGCAUUAUUUAAACUCAGCUUAUCAUCAAGCAUGGCCUUGUUGGCAUGCAAAGCCAAUGAAUGGGAAAAUUAUUUAAAAGACUGCUGUGUAGCAGAUAAGUGUGUUCAUACUCUCCCGUCCAGAUAGGCUUGUUUUUUUCUGCUGUGAUUAUUGUCCAAAUAUAAUGUGUUUUUUAAACAAUCAGUUUGUGAAUGUACAUGUAUUAGCGUUUUCAUGUGUCAAGUAUAUUUUGGCCAUGCUCUGUGAAAAGGGGGUUUAAUGCAUGUGCGUAAAGUGUCAUCCUUGAUUAGCCUGUGCAGUACGCACAGGCUAAUCAGGGACGACACUUUCCACCUAAACUGGAUUUUUGCUAAGAAGAGACUUUCUUUUAACGAAAAAUGCCAUAAAAGUGGAAAGUGUUGUCCCUGAUUAGCCUGUGAGGACUGCACCUGCUAAUCUGGGAAGGCACUUUACGCAUAUGCAUUAAACCCCCUUUUCACAGAGCACAGCUCAUUUAUGUAAUCUGUGUGAUUACAAUGUGUAUGAUUGCUCAAGGUCCAUGUGAGCCUGGCUGUGGGAAAACAAAGCUUAAUGCAUGUGUGUAAAGUGUUGUCCCAGGUUAGCCUGUGCAGUCUCCGCAGGCUAAUCAAGGAUGACAUUCUCCGCUUUUAUGGUAUAUUUUGUUUUAAGAAAGACUCUUCUUAGGAAAAAUCCAGUUUAGACAGAAUGUGUGGUACAUGAUCAGUGGACUGCACUGUGUAAUCUGGAAUGACACUUAAGGCACAUGCAUUAAGCCCCAUUUUCCCUGAACAAGGUGCAUAUGCAUUGUUCUUGUACAACUUUAUUGGCAUCUUGGGAGUCUGAUCUAUGGAUUUAUUCUGCAGACCAUUGUGCUUCUGAUCAUAAUGGUCUCUCCUUUGGAGUAGAUUAAUUUUUGUCCUCUUCAUUUUAUUGACCAAACAUGUUGGUGCAUUCUGUAUCAACGUUUUAAUUUGUCUGUUAAAACUUAAAAAAGGCGCUAUCACAAACAGAACGUACAAUUUUGGCUAACUAUAAAGACUUAAACUUAGUAUUCAUAUGCAAAUAUCUAUAACUCAACCUACAAAUUAGAAAUAUAUCAUUAUUUAUUCCGUAAUGUGUCAAAUUUUUCAGGAAAUAUCGUGUUAUAUAAAGUUACUUGUACAGUUAUUGGUAUCAAUUCAUGUCUUCUGUCCAUAUUGCUUGCACUUUUGUGCCAAAGUCUUUACAUUACACCUCGUGCAUAAAGGCAUUCAUAAUUUUGUUCCUGUUUACCAAAAAAUCAUGUUAAAGUGACUCAGGAGAAUACUUUACUGUUUCUAAUGAACUGUAUAAAAAUAGCAUACCCUCAUUUGUUUGUUACCCAUGUGCAGAUAUUUGCACAUGUUUGCAUUUAUUUAUUGUGAAUAUUCACUUUAUACUUCACUGUCAAAACGUAAAACACAAGUGACAUAUUAGUAUCAGUUGGAUAACAAUUACUUUCAUGUCUUAAAAGGCUGUUGUCUUUAUAAUGACCCUGCUACAAAACAAUUAGUGGGACACUGGUAUCAUGAAGACAAAGAAUGACAUGAUGCAAGAGCGUUGUAAAAUUACUCAUAGACAUAAAAGAAAUAGUUACACAAUGUACCGAAUCUGAACACAAAAUGGUAAAAUAUAGCUCAUGUUAAGAUGAAAAAUUUGUGUGUAUAACUUUUCAUGAGUCGGUCAAUAAACAAUUCUGAUGUAGGCCUUUAAAUCAAUUCUGGCUCCCAUGUUGCUGUAUUCCUACACAUGAAAAGUUCUUAUCAUGUUUAUCAACUGAUAAACAACGAUACCUCUAAAGGUUCUUCUUAAAUAAUGUUCCUGGUUCUUCAUUUAACUAUUUUCAAAAAUGUUCGUGACCAAUACAUGGCCACCAGAGCGUACUUGAAACCUUUAUUCCUUAUGCAGUAUUUCAAUGCCCUUUUCUUCCAAUUGUGUACCUCUUGUUAGUUUACUGACAACAUAUGUCAAAUGAACUAUUAUUUUGAAUCUGAAUGUACUUUCCUAUAGGUUAUAAUUUUGAAUUCAUUUACUUCCAUUGACAUUGUUUUCAAAAUGUUAAAAUAUUACACCUUAUAAUAUUUCAACAUCAUGAAUUAAACAUUACCAUUUAAUGCUUCCUAGGUAUUGUGUGCUAAUUCUAUAUGAACUGGAUUGAUCAGACUUCAAUUAUAACUAAAUUGUCCUAUCAAAUAAAACAAUGGGAAUUUAAAUACUGUGAACAUAUAUAGUUUUUGUUAUGAUGUCCACAUUAAAACACUGUAAAGUGCACUUCCAAUGGUCAAGUAUGUGAAUUUAUGUCCUGCUUGGAUUAAAAAAAUGACAUCUUAUAUCUUACCUCCUUCAAAAAUGACCUUAUCCGAUUGGCUUUGAGCGGUCACGUGCCCAUGGUGUAUUUUCCAUACACCCGAGUAAUUUCCAUACACCCUGAGUAAUCGAGUAGUCAGUUGAGAUAUAAUCGUUAGUUAGUAACUGAUGGUGUAUGGGAUAUACACCCUCAGUACUUUCAUACUAUACUCAAGCUUCGCUAUCGUAUGGUAUGAAAUUACUGAGGGUGUAUAUCCCAUGCACCAUCAGUUACUAACAGUGUAAUCAAUAAUACCAGUGAAUUUCAAAAUGAAUACAUGUUGGUAUCAAGAUGAAGGAUCUAGUACCAUGGAAUAACCAUAAUUAUGUUUUAGUUUCAAGAUAGCCUGACGUUUGCUUUUUGGCAAAGUGUUAAAUUAUGUACUUGUCCUUAUAGAUUUAAAAAUAACAUUUUUAUUUUAUUUAUGAAAAUGCUAUGAAAAGAGUGUACUAAUAGAAACUGUAUUGGUAAUAAUACUAAUAUGUAGCCCCGGGUAGAUAGCAUAUCUGACAAUAACAAUCAAUAGAAAUGCAUGCCAUUUGAUUUUAAUAUUUGUUUGGUUUCAUUUAAUUUUAGUUUCACACGGCAAGCGUAUUUCCAUUAAUUAUUCACUUUUUUUCAUCAUUUUGAUUACUUCUGGUCAUUUAUUUAAGGUUAACAAAGGAACGUAGUUAUUGACCUUAUUGUGUAUUCAAAGUGCUGUUGACUCCAACAUGAAUUUUUAUACAAAGAUUUUUACUAGCCAUGUGUGAUUAGACUAUUUUGCAAGAUUUAUAUUUAUAGUCUACUGUAAAUGAGCAAAGCUUUGGGAAAAUGGAGCUUAAGGCAUGUGCGUAAAGUAUCAUCCCAGAUUAGCCUGUGCAGUUCUCUCCAUUCCAAAAACACAGUCUAGGCUGAAAGUGUUUUCUCAGAUUAGCUUGUGGGGACUGCGCAGGCUAAUACGGGAUGAAACUUUACACAUUUGUAUAAAGCCCUCUUUUCUUAGGGCUGGCUCAAAUGUAAAGCUAUUAAUUGGAUGAGGACUUCAUCAUUUAACUCAAGUACAAUGUAUCUGAUACAAAUGAUGCAUUAUACUCAAUUUGCUUGUCAACUGAUUUCAUUGGUAUGUUUUAAUUUAAGUGAGAGUCAAAAGAUAGUUUUGAAAACACAACCAAACAAAUUUGAAUUUUGAAAACGUAUUUUACAGUGGAAGCCUCAAGAAAUAACAUCAUUGUGAGAAUUAUGUUCUGUUUUGAUUUGAUCUACAUGUACCUGGACAUGUUUGGUGUAAUAAAUAUCAUUACUAUUUUGGAUGGACGGUUUAUUGCUUAAAACAGUUUACAAGGAGAAAGAAAAUGUCAUUUAUAUCUUAAGUAUGUCAUCUUUAGAGGAUUUGUAAUUUAACAUAAAAUAGUGUGAUUAAAAUGUAUACCAACUGUUUGUAUAGUUUAUGAUUAUUAUUAAUAAUUUGGUCAUCAGAAAAAUAAUGCCUGUGGUCAUUUUUCUGUGAAGAGUUGUUAAAGAUUGCAUUUAUUUUUGUUGAUUUGAUUAACUGUCACUUUUUCAUUGACCAAAGUUGGCAAAUGCUUUUCUACAAAUGUGUUAAAUUGCAUAAAUGUGUGAAAUUUAUCAAUAUUCUUGGCAGCUCAUUAAAUCUUUUAAAUCUGCUACAAAUAUUGUUUUUUGAAAUAUCUGCCUCAAGGUUUAAGCCAUUGUUAUAUCAUUCAAAACUUGAUCCAAAGGAUUUGCCUAUCUUGGUUGUUAUAGUGUGUAUAGUUUUGAACACAAUAUCAACAACUUUUAUCAUUUUCAUCAAUUUGAACUAUUUUGUUAAUAGGCAGUAUUUGGCCAAUUUUAUUGAUAAUACCCUUAUGUUUA